AUGUUGAAGUUCAAAUAUGGAGCAAGGAAUCUGCUGGACGCUGGUGCUGCUGAACCCAUUGCCAGCCGGGCCUCCAGGUUGAAUCAUUUCUUCCAGGGGAAACCACCCUUUCUGACUCAACAGCAGAUGUCUCCUCUUUCCCGAGAAGGGAUAUUAGAUGCCCUCUUCGUUCUCUUUGAAGAAUGCAGUCAGCCUGCUCUGAUGAAGAUUAAGCACGUGAGCAACUUUGUCCGCAAAUAUUCCGACACCAUCGCUGAGUUACAGGAGCUCCAGCCUUCAGCAAAAGACUUUGAAGUCCGAAGUCUCGUGGGCUGUGGUCACUUUGCUGAAGUGCAGGUGGUAAGAGAGCGAGCAACUGGCGACGUCUAUGCCAUGAAGGUCAUGAAGAAGACGGCCUUGUUGGCCCAAGAGCAGGUUUCAUUUUUUGAGGAAGAACGGAACAUAUUAUCUCAGAGCACAAGCCCUUGGAUUCCCCAGUUACAGUACGCCUUUCAGGACAAAAAUAACCUUUAUCUGGUCAUGGAAUAUCAGCCUGGAGGGGACUUGCUGUCACUUUUGAACAGAUACGAGGACCAAUUAGAUGAAAAUACGAUUCAGUUUUACCUAGCCGAAUUGAUUUUGGCUGUUCACAGCAUUCAUCAGAUGGGAUAUGUGCAUCGAGACGUCAAGCCUGAGAACAUACUCAUUGACCGAAUAGGACACAUCAAGCUUGUGGAUUUUGGAUCAGCGGCUAAAAUGAGCUCGAAUAAGAUGGUGAACGCAAAACUCCCGAUUGGGACCCCAGAUUACAUGGCCCCUGAAGUGUUGACUGUGAUGAAUGGGGACGGAAAAGGCGUCUAUAGUCUGGAUUGUGACUGGUGGUCAGUGGGAGUUAUUGCUUAUGAGAUGGUUUAUGGAAGAUCCCCAUUCACUGAGGGAACGUCAGCCAGAACCUUCAAUAACAUCAUGAAUUUCCAGCGGUUUUUGAAGUUUCCAGAGGAUCCAAAAGUUAGCAGCGAAUUACUUGAUCUGAUUCAGAGUUUGUUGUGUGGCCAGAAAGAGAGACUGAAGUUUGAAGGCCUUUGCUGCCACCCUUUCUUCUCCAAAAUCGACUGGAAUAACAUUCGUAACUCUCCUCCCCCCUUCGUUCCCACCCUCAAGUCUGAUGAUGACACCUCCAAUUUUGAUGAACCAGAGAAGAAUUCGUGGGUUUCAUCCUCUCCGCGCCAGCUGAACCUCUCCGGUUUCUCGGGCGAAGAACUGCCGUUUGUGGGGUUUUCGUAUAGCAAGGCACUGGGAAUUCUUGGUAGAUCUGAGUCUGUUGUGUCAAGUCUGGACUCCCCUGCCAAGACUAGCUCCAUGGAAAAGAAACUUCUCAUCAAAAGCAAAGAGCUGCAAGACUCCCAGGACAAGUGCCACAAGAUGGAGCAGGAAAUGACCCGGUUACAUCGGAGAGUGUCAGAGGUGGAGGCUGUGCUUAGUCAGAAGGAGGUGGAGCUGAAGGCCUCUGAGACUCAGAGAUCCCUCCUGGAGCAGGACCUUGCUACCUACAUCACAGAAUGCAGUAGCUUAAAGCGAAGUUUGGAGCAAGCACGGAUGGAGGUGUCCCAGGAGGAUGACAAAGCGCUUCAGCUUCUCCAUGACAUCAGAGAGCAGAGCCGGAAGCUCCAGGAAAUCAAAGAGCAGGAGUACCAGGCUCAAGUGGAAGAAAUGAGGUUAAUGAUGAAUCAGCUGGAAGAGGACCUCGUUUCAGCGAGGAGACGGAGUGAUCUCUAUGAAUCGGAGUUGAGAGAGUCUCGGCUUGCUGCUGAAGAGUUCAAGCGGAAAGCCACAGAAUGUCAGCAUAAACUGAUGAAGGCUAAGGAUCAAGGGAAGCCUGAAGUGGGAGAAUAUUCCAAACUAGAGAAGAUCAAUGCUGAGCAACAGCUCAAAAUUCAGGAGCUCCAAGACAAGCUGGAAAAGGCUGUAAAAGCCAGCACAGAGGCCACUGAGCUGCUGCAGAAUAUCCGCCAGGCAAAGGAGCGAGCCGAGCGUGAGCUGGAGAAGCUGCAGAACCGUGAGGACUCCUCUGAAGGCAUAAAAAAGAAGCUGGUGGAGGCCGAGGAACGCCGCCAUUCUCUGGAGAACAAGGUAAAGAGGCUAGAGACCAUGGAGCGUAGAGAAAACAGACUGAAGGAUGACAUCCAGACAAAAUCCCAACAGAUCCAGCAGAUGGCUGAUAAAAUUCUGGAGCUGGAGGAGAAGCACCGCGAGGCCCAGGUCUCAGCCCAGCACCUAGAGGUGCACCUGAAACAGAAAGAACAGCACUACGAAGAAAAAAUUAAAGUGUUGGACAACCAGAUAAAGAAAGACCUGGCCGAUAAAGAGACUCUGGAGAAUCUGAUGCAGAGACACGAAGAGGAGGCCCACGAGAAGGGCAAAAUUCUCAGUGAGCAGAAGGCGAUGAUCAAUGCUAUGGAUUCCAAGAUCAGAUCCCUGGAACAGAGGAUUGUGGAACUCUCAGAAGCCAAUAAACUUGCAGCAAACAGCAGUCUUUUUACCCAGAGGAACAUGAAGGCCCAGGAAGAGAUGAUUUCAGAACUCAGGCAGCAGAAGUUCUACCUGGAGACACAGGCAGGGAAACUGGAGGCCCAGAACCGAAAGCUGGAGGAGCAGCUGGAGAAAAUCAGCCACCAAGACCACAGCGACAAGAACCGGCUGCUGGAGCUGGAGACGAGGCUGAGGGAGGUCAGUCUAGAGCACGAGGAGCAGAAACUGGAGCUGAAGCGUCAGCUCACAGAGCUGCAACUCUCCCUGCAAGAGCGUGAGUCCCAGCUGACGGCCCUGCAGGCGGCCCGGGCGGCCCUGGAGAGCCAGCUUCGCCAAGCCAAGACCGAGCUGGAGGAGACGACGGCGGAGGCAGAAGAAGAGAUCCAGGCACUCACGGCACAUAGAGAUGAAAUCCAGCGCAAAUUUGACGCCCUUCGUAACAGCUGUACUGUAAUCACAGACCUGGAGGAGCAGCUAAACCAGCUGACCGAGGACAACGCUGAGCUCAACAACCAAAAUUUCUACUUGUCCAAACAACUCGACGAGGCUUCUGGCGCCAACGAUGAGAUAGUACAGCUACGAAGCGAAGUGGACCAUCUCCGCCGCGAGAUUACGGAGAGAGAGAUGCAGCUCACCAGCCAGAAGCAAACGAUGGAGGCUCUGAAGACCACUUGCACGAUGCUGGAAGAACAGGUCAUGGACCUGGAGGCCCUAAACGACGAACUGCUGGAAAAAGAGCGUCAGUGGGAGGCGUGGAGGAGUGUCCUUGGUGACGAGAAGUCCCAGUUUGAGUGUCGGGUUCGAGAGUUACAGAGGAUGCUGGACACCGAGAAGCAGAGCAGGGCGAGGGCCGAUCAGCGGAUCACUGAGUCCCGCCAGGUGGUGGAGCUGGCGGUGAAGGAGCACAAGGCUGAGAUUCUCGCUCUGCAGCAGGCCCUCAAAGAGCAGAAGCUGAAAGCCGAGAGCCUCUCUGACAAGCUCAAUGAUCUGGAGAAGAAACAUGCCAUGCUUGAAAUGAACGCCCGAAGUUUACAGCAGAAACUGGAGACUGAACGGGAGCUCAAACAGAGGCUUCUGGAAGAGCAAGCCAAAUUACAGCAGCAGAUGGAUCUGCAGAAGAAUCACAUCUUCCGUCUGACUCAAGGGCUGCAGGAAGCCCUAGACCGGGCUGAUCUGCUGAAGACGGAAAGGAGCGAUCUGGAGUACCAGCUGGAAAACAUUCAGGUUCUCUAUUCUCAUGAAAAAGUGAAAAUGGAAGGUACUAUUUCUCAACAAACCAAACUCAUUGAUUUUCUGCAAGCCAAAAUGGACCAGCCCGCUAAAAAGAAAAAGGGUUUAUUUAGUCGACGGAAAGAGGACCCUGCUUUGCCCACACAGGUUCCUCUGCAGUACAAUGAGCUGAAGGUGGCUCUGGAGAAGGAGAAAGCUCGCUGUGCAGAGCUAGAGGAAGCCCUUCAGAAGACCCGCAUCGAGCUCCGGUCUGCCCGGGAGGAAGCUGCCCACCGGAAGGCCACAGACCACCCGCACCCAUCUACGCCAGCCACCGCGAGGCAGCAGAUCGCCAUGUCCGCCAUCGUGCGGUCGCCCGAGCACCAGCCCAGUGCCAUGAGCCUGCUCGCCCCGCCAUCCAGCCGCAGAAAGGAGUCAUCGACUCCAGAGGAAUUCAGUCGGCGUCUUAAGGAGCGCAUGCACCACAAUAUUCCUCACCGAUUUAACGUAGGAUUGAACAUGCGAGCCACAAAGUGCGCUGUGUGUCUGGAUACUGUGCACUUUGGGCGCCAGGCAUCCAAGUGUCUUGAAUGUCAGGUGAUGUGUCAUCCCAAGUGCUCUACGUGCUUGCCAGCCACCUGUGGCCUGCCAGCCGAGUAUGCCACGCACUUCACCGAGGCCUUCUGCCGUGACAAAAUGAACUCCCCGGGUCUCCAGACCAAGGAGCCCAGCAGCGGCCUGCACCUGGAAGGGUGGAUGAAAGUGCCCAGGAAUAACAAACGAGGACAGCAAGGCUGGGACAGGAAGUACAUUGUCCUGGAGGGAUCUAAAGUCCUCAUUUAUGACAGCGAAGCCAGAGAAGCUGGACAGAGGCCGGUGGAAGAAUUUGAGCUGUGCCUUCCCGACGGGGAUGUAUCUAUUCAUGGCGCCGUUGGUGCUUCUGAGCUUGCAAAUACAGCCAAAGCAGAUGUCCCCUACAUACUGAAGAUGGAGUCUCACCCACACACCACCUGCUGGCCCGGGAGAACGCUCUACUUGCUGGCUCCCAGCUUCCCCGACAAACAGCGCUGGGUCACCGCCUUAGAGUCUGUGGUCGCAGGUGGGAGAGUUUCUAGGGAAAAAGCAGAAGCUGAUGCUAAAUUGCUUGGAAACUCCCUGCUGAAACUGGAAGGUGAUGACCGUCUAGACAUGAACUGCACACUGCCCUUCAGCGACCAGGUGGUGUUGGUAGGCACUGAGGAAGGGCUCUACGCUCUGAAUGUCUUGAAAAACUCCCUCACCCAUGUCCCAGGAAUCGGAGCAGUCUUCCAAAUUUAUAUCAUCAAGGACCUGGAGAAGCUACUCAUGAUAGCAGGAGAAGAGCGAGCUCUGUGCCUUGUUGACGUGAAGAAAGUGAAGCAGUCCCUGGCGCAGGCUCACCUUCCCGCCCAGCCCGACAUCUCACCCAACGUUUUUGAAGCCGUGAAGGGCUGUCACUUGUUUGCUGCUGGCAAGAUUGAGAACGGGCUCUGCAUCUGUGCAGCCAUGCCCAGCAAAGUCAUCAUUCUCCGCUACAAUGAAAACCUCAGCAAGUACUGCAUUCGGAAAGAGAUAGAGACCUCAGAGCCCUGCAGCUGCAUCCACUUCACCAAUUACAGUAUCCUUAUUGGAACCAAUAAAUUCUACGAAAUUGACAUGAAGCAGUACACGCUUGAGGAAUUCCUGGAUAAGAAUGACCAUUCCUUGGCGCCUGCUGUGUUUGCCUCCUCUUCCAAUAGUUUCCCUGUCUCGAUCGUGCAGGUGAACGGCGCAGGGCAGCGGGAGGAGUACCUGCUCUGCUUCCACGAAUUUGGGGUGUUCGUGGAUUCUUAUGGAAGACGUAGCCGCACAGACGAUCUCAAGUGGAGUCGCUUACCUUUGGCCUUUGCCUACAGAGAACCCUAUCUGUUUGUGACCCACUUCAACUCACUAGAAGUAAUUGAGAUCCAGGCACGCUCUUCUCUGGGGACCCCUGCCCGAGCGUAUUUGGAAAUCCCGAACCCACGCUACUUGGGCCCUGCAAUUUCCUCAGGAGCGAUUUACCUGGCGUCCUCAUACCAGGAUAAAUUAAGGGUUAUUUGCUGCAAAGGAAACCUUGUGAAGGAGUCCGGCACUGACCACCACCGGGGCCCCUCCACCUCCCGCAGUAGCCCCAACAAGCGAGGCCCGCCAACAUACAACGAGCACAUCACCAAGCGUGUGGCCUCUAGCCCGGCGCCACCGGAAGGCCCCAGCCACCCACGAGAGCCAAGCACACCCCACCGCUACCGAGAGGGGCGGACAGAGCUGCGCAGGGACAAGUCUCCUGGCCGCCCCCUGGAGCGAGAGAAGUCCCCAGGCCGGAUGCUCAGCACGCGGAGGGAACGCUCACCUGGGAGGCUGUUUGAAGACAGCAGCCGGGGCCGGCUGCCUGCGGGAGCCGUGAGGACCCCACUGUCCCAGGUCAACAAGGUCUGGGACCAGUCUUCAGUAUAA